CGAGCACAGCAGACAGAAGUGGAGCGAGGUUAGGUCCAACUGCGAGCCUAGUGAGAGGAGGUCCCCACUGUGAGCAUCACCCAGACCCCCGGUGCGGCUCUGACUGCUGCAGAGAAACUUGCAUCUGCUCCUCUCAGUAUGCGGACUGAGCCCAGCACAGUUUAGAGCGUUCUCUCUUCAUUUCUCUCCUUCCCUCUGGAGGAUUACCCUUUUAUUCAGUGACAAUGGGUUCUGUGAUGUUGGACUGGAGGUUAUCUUGUCUUCUUCUGCAGACAGCUGUUCUGCUGCUGCUCAGCAAGGGGGAGAGGAUGUGCCCUGCGACUUGUCGCUGCGAAGGGAAGAUUGUUUAUUGCGAGUCCGGCGUCUUCCAAGACAUUCCAAUAAACAUCACAACGGGGUGCCAGGGUUUGUCUCUGCGCUAUAACAACCUGCUGGUUCUGCUGCCGUACCAGUUCGCUCAUCUCAAUCAGCUCAUUUGGCUCUACUUGGACCACAACUCCAUCCACAGUAUAGAUGCUUUAGCCUUCCACGGCGUGCGCAGGCUGAAGGAGCUCAUCCUUAGCUCCAAUAAGCUGAGCUCUCUGCUCAACAACACCUUCAGUGCCAUACCCAACUUGAGAAAUUUGGACCUGUCCUAUAAUCAGCUGCAGUCCCUGCAGCCGGGUUAUUUCUACGGGCUUCGCAAGCUGCAGAAUCUCCACCUCAGAUCUAAUGGGCUAAAACAGAUCCUCAUUCGCACAUUUCUGGAAUGCCGCAGUUUGGAGUUUUUGGAUUUGGGUUACAAUCGCUUGCGCAGUCUCACUCGCACCACGUUCUUGGGACUCUUUAAGCUGAGAGAGCUACAUUUGGAACACAAUCAGUUCUCCCGGGUUAAUUUCUACAUUUUCCCACGCCUCACCAACCUCCAGGCUCUGUAUUUGUCUUGGAACCGGAUCCGAUCGAUAAGCCAGGGGGUCCCUUGGACCUGGCCAAAACUGCAGAAACUGGACCUCUCUGGGAAUGAAAUCCAGACCCUGGAACCGGACGUUUUCCGCUGUAUGCCGAGCUUGCAGAUGCUGAACCUGGAAACGAACAAGCUGAGCAGCGUUCCCGUAGAAGUGGUGGAGGCGUGGACCUCGUUGACCACCAUCAGCCUGGCGGGCAACGCCUGGGACUGCAGCCCCGGGAUCUGCCCUCUCAUGGGGUGGCUCCGGACCUUCAGGGACCCCAAAGACAUCAACAUGAUUUGCAGCGGCCCCAAGGCUGCACAGGGUGAACGGGUGGUGGAUGUGGUGAGGAACCGCUCGCUAUGUGUGGACGCCGCAAACAUGUUCUCAACCACAGCCGGGGUUAAUUCCAACUCAACCCAAGCUGUGAGCGUCACAGUUUGGCCGGCUCCCCGUGGAGUUACAGACCUGAGUCAUCCAUCAUCGCCGUCACAGAAAUCAACCCUUUCUCCUGUGAGUCCUGCCGGGACACACAUACAGACAGCAGAACCCACCGCCCUCAGCUCUACGCUCCCUUCCUCCACAGAGACCUCCACGUCGUUUAUUCCAGAGCUGCAGUUUGAACAUAUGGCUUUCCAUAAAAUCAUUGCAGGCAGCGUAGCCCUGUUCCUGUCAGUGGCAUUGAUCCUGCUGGUUAUUUACGUGUCGUGGAGGCGCUACCCCAACACCAUGAGGCAGCUGCAGGAGCAUUCAGUCAACCAUAAGCGCAGAAAAAAGGCCCGCAAGCAAGAGCAGGACCUGAACUCUCAGCUGCAGGAGUACUAUCUGACUUAUCACUCCAACUCAGAGGCAUUGGACUCCUUGGUGAAUGAGAACAGGCCCUGCACGUGCACUAUUUCAGGAUCCAUUGAAUGCGAGGUGUGAGCCCUUUAAGAGACGCACAGUCUCGAUUCCCAAGCAGAGACAAAUGGAUUUUAUUUUUCUCUGUGGAAGAUAAGGAGGCUUUAUCUCCGAUGCAAGCAGAUAGUCUGCAACAAUGAAGGAAAUACUUGGGGGUUUGGUCCAAUAAUGUGUUCAGAAAAGGAAUAACUGAAUGGAGAGAUGUAUUUGGAGCUAAUUAUCAACCUGACUGACACAGGAAGAGUAGUGGGAUUAGCUGUGUGUGAUCCAAAAUCAUGACAGGACAUCUGCUACGAUACAACUGGGCUGACCUUGUUCUCAGUCAGAGCGUACUCCCAUGAGCCAGCAAAGCCACACUUUCUACUUACUCGUUUUGUUCUUACGGCGUAGCUUGUAAAGCAUUUAGGACAUAUGUGUUCUCCGAGAGUUUGUACGUGUGCGAGUCCGCUCUGACGCCAUCUGGUCAGGCGAGUAACGACUCUUGCACCUUCUUCUCUCAGAUAACAUCAGUGCGGUUCAGUUAUCCCACAGUUGGCAGACGGGCUGAGCCGUAGCAAUGCCACAAAGUGUGUAUGUGUGUGAGAGAGAAAGAGAGGGAGAGAUGGGGAGGGGGCAAUCCCAAAGAGAGCAUCAUUUGCAUGAAAUCACUCUCCUUAUUAAAGAUGCUUCUUUUCCAUGGGAGAUGAUCUGUCUCAACGGAUAAAAGAAUAGAAGUACAUUCAGUUUGUAUCAUCAACAAUCGACCCAAAUGAGGAAUAUUUAAAGCUAAUGAGACUAACCUCAGGACUGAGACGUACAAAUGUGUCAGAUCCAGUUAAGGCCUUGUGUGACUGAAUGUGUGUGAGUGUGAAAGAAAGUAACAACGGUUAUUUUCAUAUCAAAUUUCAUAUUCUUUUUUCUCGUCAUUUUAUUUAUGCAUUGUUUGUGUAAAGGUAUAUAAAUAGAUGUGUUUAUUUGGGUGUACAAAUAAAAAGAAACAAUGACAGUUGAUGGAAAAAAUGGAAAAGAAAAACAAAAGUCUUUAUUUUAUCUACAGCAGCUGCAAAGGAGAACAUUUUAUGAGGAAAAGGAAGAAAAAGGCUGUUUAAGAUCAGAUAGAGAAGAAAUGUAA